UUGUGAGUUGUGACCACAUGAAAAUGUCACUGUCUAGAUCCACUUUCAAUUGAACAUUCACCUCAGAUUCAUCCCUUUCACUCAGUAUUUCACUAAGGGUUUUUCAAUUUCCCCAUUUCCCAUAAACCCUUUUUAUUUUUAUUUUUUUUAUCACAAUGCUGAAUUAAUCCUAAAUAUUCAACCCAUUGAUCUAAUUUCACUCUCCCUUCCCCUCACCUUUCGAAAUCUCAAUUGCCCAGAUCAAGAAAUCUGAUCAUCAACAAUGGCUGCCAAAGCGGAAGCCAUGGCAAAACCUCAAGAUCCAAAAUCUCCAGAUCCAUUGAUCAGCAACUCAGGUUUCAAUUUCACUUUCAAAUCUUUUAAGCUGAAAACCAAACAACAGGAAAUCCUAAUCAGGGUGACAAUCCUUUUCCUGGUUUAUAUCCUCGCUUUUAGUACUCGUUUAUUUAGUGUUCUUCGCUACGAGAGUAUGAUCCAUGAAUUUGAUCCAUAUUUCAAUUAUCGCACAACCCUUUAUUUGACGGAAAAAGGGUUUUAUGAAUUUUGGAAUUGGUUUGAUUCUGAGAGUUGGUACCCUUUGGGACGAAUUAUUGGGGGUACCCUUUACCCUGGUCUAAUGGUAACUGCUGCGUUGAUCUACUGGGGUCUUCGGUUUCUCCGUUUUGCGGUCCAUAUCCGCGAGGUUUGUGUUCUGACUGCGCCAUUUUUUGCGUCUAACACUACUUUGGUAGCUUAUUUCUUUGGGAAAGAGAUUUGGGAUACUGGGGCAGGGCUUGUGGCAGCAGCAUUGAUCGCCAUUUGCCCAGGUUAUAUAUCGAGGUCGGUUGCUGGGUCUUAUGACAAUGAAGGGGUGGCGAUUUUUGCUUUACUAUUUACUUUCUAUCUGUUUGUUAAGGCAGUUAAUACGGGUUCACUUGCUUGGGCGUUAGGCUCUGCUUUUGGCUACUUUUAUAUGGUUUCAGCUUGGGGAGGCUAUGUUUUUAUCAUCAAUUUGAUACCUUUGUAUGUGCUGGUGCUUUUGGUAACGGGGCGAUACUCUAUGAGGCUCUACAUUGCAUAUAAUUGUAUGUAUGUUGUGGGUAUGUUGCUGGCAAUGCAAAUUCGGUUUGUUGGAUUUCAACAUGUGCAGUCUGGUGAGCAUAUGGCUGCCAUGGGCGUGUUUUUCUUGAUCCAGGUGUUUUACUUUUUGAAUUGGGUGAAGCAUCUGCUUAGUGAUACAAAGCUGUUCGAGACCUUUUUGAGGAUAACAGUCACCUCAGCAGUUGGUGUGGGUGUUGUUGCAUUGGGAGUUGGCAGUGCAUCUGGCUACAUAUCGCCAUGGACGGGACGGUUUUACUCUCUCUUGGAUCCAACCUACGCAAAGGAUCACAUCCCAAUCAUUGCUUCUGUCUCUGAACAUCAACCUACAGCUUGGUCUUCAUUUAUGUUUGAUUUCCAUAUUCUGCUUUUCCUUUUCCCGGCAGGUCUAUAUUUUUGCUUCAAGAGGUUGACAGAUGCCACCAUAUUUAUUGUUAUGUACGGCUUGACCAGCAUGUAUUUCGCUGGUGUUAUGGUUCGUUUGAUCUUAGUUGCCACUCCUGCUGUAUGCCUUAUAAGUGGUAUUGCAGUUUCUGCAACAAUAAAGAAUUUAACUUCACUGUUGAGGUCUAAGAGCAAGGUUCAUUCUGGCUCCGUUAAAGGAAGUGCUAGUGUCAAGGCUUCUACUAAGACUUCUGUUGAUCAGUCCUUGCCUUUCCAAAGAAAUGUUGCUAUUGGGUUGCUUCUGGGUGCAUUUUACUUGCUCAGCAGAUAUGUUAUCCACUGUACGUGGGUUACAUCAGAGGCUUAUUCAUCUCCGUCAAUAGUUUUAGCUGCACGGGGUGCACAUGGGAACCGGGUUAUCUUUGAUGAUUACCGUGAGGCAUAUUACUGGCUUCGGCAAAACACUCCUGCUGAUGCAAAAGUGAUGUCAUGGUGGGAUUAUGGAUAUCAGAUUACUGCAAUGGGAAACAGGACAGUCAUUGUUGAUAACAACACUUGGAAUAACACCCACAUUGCUACAGUUGGAAGGGCAAUGUCGUCUUAUGAAGACGAAGCAUACGAAAUUAUGCAAUCACUUGAUGUGGAUUAUGUAUUAGUUGUAUUUGGUGGUGUAACUGGCUAUUCUUCUGAUGAUAUUAACAAAUUCCUGUGGAUGGUGAGGAUCGGCGGUGGGGUCUUUCCUGUCAUUAAAGAGUCUGAUUAUCUUGUCAAUGGAGAGUAUCGUGUUGACAAAGGCGCAGCUCCUAAGAUGUUAAAUUGUCUCAUGUACAAGUUAUGUUACUACCGGUUUGGAGAGCUGCGCACAGAAUAUGGCAAGCCUCCUGGCUAUGAUCGUGCUAGAGGUGUUGAAAUAGGGAACAAGGAUGUGAAGCUCGAGUAUUUGGAAGAAGCAUUCACAACAUCAAACUGGAUAGUUCGGAUAUACAAAGUUAAACCACCUAAAAAUAGGUGGUGAGGUCUCAAUCGUCUCCUCAAAACAAAGGGACAAAAAAAUGCCUCGUAGAACAGGAAUAGAUGUGACUGACCAAGUCAAGAGUUUUCCUUCUUUUUUCUAUGUUGGUUUUGAUAAGAGUUAGAAUGAGCUAUGUUGUGCGUAGACUAGUUUUGUAAUUUUUUUGUUUCCCUCCAUCUUUCUAUGUAAUACAUCCAUACCAUAUUAUAGAGAUGUGUAGAACGUGGACAGGUUUUUGACUCAGUAUUGGUAAAAUUCUUAGAGACUUUAA